GUCGCAGCGUCGUCGGAGAAGUUGGAGGACAGCACAAUCACUGCAGGGAUGAGAGCAUUCCUAACUGGAUUAUUAUCCUUUUGGACUCAGAAUGAGAAACACAACGGGGUCUGAGGAUGCCAGCAGGUGAAAGUGAAGUCGGGGCAAAGACCCGGGAAAGGUUCAAUGAAGUCUUCAAGAAGUACUCUGAUUCAGAGAAGAAAAAGUUGAAAAAGCAAAACACUGAAGCUCAGGAAACUAUUGUGCUUCAGAAUCUAAAAAAGAAUCUGAACCUUGAGAAGGACACAGAAGAAGAUGAGACCAUCCUUCAAAACACAUAUCACCCUGAACAGGGCAGCCCUCGCUACACCAAGAAUAAACAACGAGAGAAGGAAAAGGCAGAAAAGGUUAACAUCAACAACAGCAAAAACCAAGAGGAGACUCAAACAACAAAAGGCAAGAAGAAAAGUAAGAGGGAGCUUCCCUCCCUCCCACCUGAGGACAAUACAAGUUACAUUGAGAAGGAUGCAGAUGCUUCCAAGUCUGAGAUUGCUUUGGAGCCAGAUGAUGUAGGAGGUGGAAAGGAGCCAAAGCGGAAAAGUAAAAAGGGCAGAAGCAAAGGAGAUACCGAGGCCAAGACAGAGAGUCAGGUGGAGGAUGCAGAGGACAAGCUGCUGCAUGAAUACCAGCAGCAGAUCGCACAGGAGGAGGAGAGGACUUUAAAGAAGACAAGUGCCAAGACUGCAGAAGACAGUGUUGUCUCCGCAAGUGCUCCACUGAAUAAUGAUGUUGGAAAGAAAAAAAAGAAAAAGCUGAAAUCUGUAAUUACACAACCGGAAGCAGGGGAUGAAGAUGAAAAUGAUGACCAGGAUGCCGAUGUGGACAAUGAAACAGAAACGAAGGGAAAGAAGAAAAAGAAGAAGAAGAAACAUGUUGUCAAAGAAGAGAGUGAAACUGAGGCAGACGUACCGCAGAAACCGACAUUUGAUGACAGCCUGGUGCUGGGAGUGUACAUCCACAAAACUGAUCGCCUCAAGACGGACUUGCUGAUCUCCCACCCCAUGGUGAAGAUACAUGUUGUCGAUGAAAACACUGGACAGUAUGUGAAGAAAGAAGACUGCCAUCGUCCGGUCUCCUCAUUUUAUGAGCAAGAGAGUGUUGACCACAUUCUCCCCAUCAUGACUCAACCCUUCGACUUCAAGAAGAACAAAUCAAUCAUCCCUGAGUGGCGGGAACAGAUAAUCUUUAAUGAACGCUUUGGUUACUUUGUUGAACAAAAUGAUGACAGGCCCAGAGUAAUACUCUUCUUUGAAAUCCUGGACUUUAUAACCAUGGAGGAAGCGAGAGCCAAGGUUGAUGUUGACAAGCACGAGAGAGGAUUCAGAAAGAUUGCAUGGGCAUUUCUCAAGCUCGUCGGCACAAACGAUGUGCUAAAUAUCGACAGUAAACUUCGCCUCCAGCUUUUCUGCCCUCCGCCUCGGGCAAAGAGACAACCUAAAACAAUCGAGGUGGUCGAGUGGUGGAGGAAGUACCCCAGAAACAAAUACGCAUCCACCCUUUACGUCACAGUGAAAGGCAUUAAGCUCCCUGAGCAUGUGGACCCGAGUAUUCGGUCCAUGAUGGCCCUGCAGGAGGAGAGGGGCAGCACCUCCUACAGUGAGCUGCAGAAUGAGAUCACCAAGAGGAGUCUGACACAGCCUGUAGACACCAAGCCGCCAGCAUUUAGAUGGAGCAGGCUGCCUGGACAGAUCUGUCGAAUUCCUAACAAGGCCAUUCACUCAUUCCGUGGUGGUAAAAUGGGCUGCUUCGCAGUGCUGUUCUCUCACGCGGGGACGAUGCUGGCUACUGCUUGUGCUGACAGAGAUGCUUUCCCUGUAAUAGUGUAUGAGAUUCCCUCUGGCAAGGUGCUGGCUUUCUUCAGCGGCCAUCUUAAAAUAGUCUAUGAUCUCUGCUGGUCCAGAGAUGAUCGGAGACUUUUGUCGGCCUCGUCUGACGGCACUGUCAGAGAGUGGAAUGUGGAGCGGCUUCAGGAAACAGCCCAGAGGGUACUCCCUCAUCCCUCCUUUGUGUACUGUGCCCAGUACCACCCCAUGGCCCACAGCCUGGUGGUUACCGGGGGCUACGACUCUCUGCUGCGAGUGUGGAGGCUUGACGUCGAUGAUGUGAACGGCCAGUUGCUGCAGGAGUUUGAGGGUCACAACAGUUUCAUCAACUCAGUUUGUUUUGACUCUGAAGGAAGGAGAAUGUUCUCUGCAGACAACGCAGGCCUGAUCCUUGUGUGGAAAACAACACUAACUGACAGCAAGCGGCAUCAGCCAUGUCAUCGCUGGUGCAUAGAGAAGAAAAUUGAUGAGACUGACCUCAGCGGCAUCCCCAUCAACAUGCUGCAGCUCCAUCCAAACGGGCGGUGCCUGCUCAUCCAUGCCAAAGACAGUGUCUUGAGGAUGAUGGACCUGAGAAUCCUGGCUGUAAAGAAAUACACUGGCGCCACAAACUACAGAGAACGGAUCUACAGCACUUUCACACCAUGUGGCAACUUCAUUUUCUCUGGUAGUGAGGAUGGGAUGGCUUAUGUGUGGAAUACAGACACAGGUGACCAAGUUGCCGUCUUCUCUGAGCUUUGUUACCCCACUGCUCUGCACGGCGUGGCGUUCCACCCCCAUGAAAACAUGGUUGCUUUCAGUGCCUUCGGUCAGGGCCAACCGGUCCUCGUGUACGUGUACGACCGCAAAGCUUCCCAGAUGGAGGUGCACAGUAUGAAAGCUGCGAGCAGAUUAUCUUCGACAGACCCCAAAACCAUCAGAAACACACCUGACACACCAGCGCUACAGGACAUAUCUGCUGCUUCAGCCAUUGAUCAGUUUGCCCAUGCAGCCAGACUAGCAUUGAAAAUGCAAUGUGUUAAGGAGCAGCUGGAUUCAGUACUUGAACCACAUCAGAGGUCUUCAACUUCUGGAUACAUGUAUGAUCAAGACAAAAUGAGCAUUUCUCACACAGGGAGGAGCUUCACAACAGACUCUGGCGCAACGGGAUUAAAUGCUUCGUUACCACCUCCGUCUCUUCUGUCGCCACACUCCAAGCUGCAGCUCUCUGGUCCUCUAGCGGAGCAGCUUAUCCCCCAGGCAGCUCUGAGCGCCCAAAACCGCGGUUUCAGUCCAGUCGGUCAGCGUCUGACAGGAGCUUCAUCUUUCAGGCUACAGACGAGCCUUCCUGACCACGUUUCUGCAGGCCUCCAGGAAACGGAUUCUGCCCCCGUUCAACAAGUAGUCGUAUCGCUCUUUGACUACAGGGCUAAUCGGUCUGAUGAACUGACAGUGCACCGUGGGGAUGUCAUCCAAGUGCUGUACAAAGACAAUGACAACUGGUGGUUUGGGCGUCUGGCCAAUGGGCAGCAGGGAUAUUUCCUUGCUUCCUAUGUAGUGGAUCAGAGAGAUUUCAAUGAAGAGGUGACUCAGUCUGUAGAGGCGCCUGCAGCCUUGCCAGAGGGGACUGUUGAGAGGUCAACACCAACCAGGGUUUCUGCUGCAAUUAGUUCUUCUGGGGAACUUAGGUUUCUCUCUGAGCCGACCCUUUCUGACACCGAACCUGAGCUGACUGAUGCCAGAGCUAGGAGGAAGAAGAAGUUGAAAAAGUCUGGAGUCCCAGCGACUUCAUCCCAAACCACAAUUUCAGAUGCAGAUGCUCCGGCAUCAACGAGCACCAGGAGGAGAGGCAGAUCGACAGACAGACCGCUCCCAAAAAGACCAACGGGCCAGACUAAUGGUGCCUUCGAGCCAGACGCAUAAACUUACGGACACAUGAUUGUUUUCAAUGAGUGCUUUCACAUUUAUUCUUUUUUCAUAUGAAAUGCAUUUUUGUAACGACAACAACCUUGCAGAUGUGUUGUAUUUUUACUGCUUUGCUUUUUGUAUUUGAACAGUCAGUAUGCUCUGUAUUGCAUUUAAUACAGUUUGAUCAAUGAAAUGUAAAAAUUAUCUUUGCAUAAAGAUUUGAGCAAUUCUAGGAAUUCUUGUUUUUCAUAUUUAUUGACAUAAGCAUAACUUUUUAACUUCAUAACUUUUACUAUUUUGUACAUUUUUACUGUUGAUAUAGAAGAAAAUCAUAAUGAUGUAGUUUUAUUUUCUUAGCCUGUAAGAGAUUUAAAAAAAUUUGUAUUCAUAACAUGUUUAUAAAAAUGCAGAUUAUUAAUUCUGAAUUUUUUUGUCAAUGUCAUUCUAUAGGUCACAUGUAAAGUCACACUUGAUUCAUAUUUUUUUAAAAAUAAAUACGCUUAAUGGCUAUUUUUGGGAUGUACCUUUCAAACAAUGCUUAUAUGAUGGUGGGUGGAACAAUCACAGAUAUUUAAUAAUUAUUAUAUUUAAUAAUCAGAAAUGUAGAUACAAUGACUAAGUAGAUAAGGGUAAAUAAUAGCAAUAGCUGUAAAUAAACAGCUAGGGGAGUCUGGUGAGUUAAGAAAUUAACAUUUUACUGUAAAAAACAAAUACACAACGCUUAUCUCAUGAAAUGAUAUCAAUAUAUUGCUGAUCCCUAAUACAUCACUUCACAGACUAUAGUAUAAAAGGUUUAUUUUCUUCAUCUCAACAUGAACAUGGUCAGUGGCUCUUGACUUGUUUAACUUCAACAUGAAAUCCAGGUCAUGUGAUGAAGAAAACUAAGAUCAUUAACGCAGCAGAGUUUCACAACAAAAGGCACAUUUAGUCUGUGACCUGGACUUUACAGUGGUUGACUAUAUUGGCUCAUGUUGCGUUCAUAUAACACAAUGCACAGUAUUUAAUAAUACAUUUGAAUUGUACUAUACAAACUUAAAAUCAGUAAUAUAGCUGUACCGCCUUGAUUUUAGGCUGCAGUUUCUGCAACACCACAAAUGUACAAGUUAAAAAUGUUAAAACGCAAUUAAUACAUUAAAACAUUACAGGAGCAGUUAGGAUUCUUUGAAGUGGGGUUGAAUGAGAUAAUUAUUCAUAUUCUGUGUAUUGUUACAGUAAAUGUCAGUCAGCGCACCCCCAGUUUGGAGAAGUAGGAUGGAAACUACCACAGGAGCUAAGCAAUGUACUGCUGUGUACAAGGGCAGGCAAAAUGUAUUUUUAAAAUGUUAAAAAGAAAUAUCCUGCAAACUGCAGAAAUUAAUAGGUUAAGCAAAUUAAUUUUAAAAAC